AUGCCGCAUUCUGGCCGAAACGUUGGAAACGUUGCAGCCGCACUGGGAGGCAGCGCUAUCGACGACGGCAAUGACGUGUCUGCGGAUGACGCCGCCGCUGGCAAGGGCACCAAGGCCAAAGCCAGGCGGGCCUCAGAAGGGCAGUCUUCCAAGAAGUCCGUCAAGGUUGAGUUGAACUGCCAGCAGUGCGGCAAGGCGUACAAGCAUCACAGCUGCCUGACGAAACACCUGUGGGAACACACUCCCGAGUGGAACGUGACCUCGAAGUAUCAGAUUUCGAAGCACCAACAGGUUCAGCUGCUUGAAGCAGCCUCCGUGCUGAUUGGCAUGAACGAGAAGCCUCGUGACAACAAGCCUGACACGCCACCCGAAUCCACCCAGGAUAACAAUAGCGAACCUGAAUCGGCAUCGCCAGCGGCAUCGGUUGAAUACUCGGAACCGGCGGAGAGAUACAGCUCGGUGGAUAGCACUCCACCGCCCGCGGUGGAGGGCGGCUACUCAAUUCCUCGGGUUUAUCGCAGCUCUAGCACGUUCUCUCGCAGCUACCAGUCAACUCCAUUGUACGGCGAUGGCAUGGCUUUUAGCCAUGCUCGCAAGCCUAGUGAUGCGCGCCCACCCUCCGCAGGCGUUGGCAACACGAACCAAGAGGACAGGGACCUUGCGCAGGCGUUGGUGGGCUGCAGUGUCGGCAGCAGCAACGGGGUCGCCGGCAAUGGCCGUGUGGUUCUCACUGAUGCGCCCGCGGUGCCACGUAUCCCUGAGCAGUACCUUGGGCAAGCAACCUCGUUCAACAGCAACGGUGUGUUUGGCAUGAGCAGCUUCCCUAGCCGAGCCCCCGAGAGCUUCACUCGCGGAGACUUCAGGCGAGGCAGUGAAGAUGUCAAGAUGGGUGGUGAUGUCGAGUCUGGCAUUGACGACGACGAGUUCGAUCCGCCAGCCCGAACACACAGCGACGACGAGGAUGAUGGCGUUUUUGGGUCGAUGGAGGAAUAA